CCCAAAGCCGACAAGGACCAACUAGCAACGAGCAACACGCAGGCACUCUCGCCUCAAAGCCCAGCCCACGCUAUGGCGACCAAACCCGUCCCACCCACGGCCCUGCGCGCGCUCUACCGCGCCCUGCUCCGCGAGCUCCCGCCGCGCAUGGGCCUGAGCGACCGCACCCCGCUGUACCGCACCCUACGCGCCCAGUUCUCCUCCUCCCCGCGCGACACCACCACCACCACUGCCGCCGCCAUCCCCUCGGCCCGCCACGCCCUGCAGUACGCCGCCUACUUCAAGGCCCAGCGCACCUACGCCGCCCUGCUCGAGCGCUACAACCCGGGCAUGGGCAUGGACGAGGAGGAGCGCGUGCGCCUGACGGCCCGGCGCGUCGGCAUGGACCUGCCCGUCGAGUUUUCGGGGGAGAAGUAGGGGGUGGCUGCGAGAGAGAAAGAGAAAAAAAAAAAGAAAAAGAUACCCGUACGGGAUGAGAGCCACGGAUGGUAAAUGGAGGAAGAGACAAGAGCAGUCGUCGCACAUCUCGAUCACAUCACCCGCCCCGACCAGCAAGUCGGCGCGUAAGCGUGCACUUCCACCGCCGAGUAGAUAUGCCGAAACCGCUUUGGAAGGAAGCAUGCGAGAAAUAUAUAAUGCAGGGGCUUGCGCGCAUGGAUGCAGGAUCCGUCUUCAGAAACCGAGAUGGAGGUAUCAACUCCGCGGAGGAGAGUCAACAAACAAACUACUAGGGCAGUUGAGGAGAUGCGGGGUUGUGAAUGAUGUAUAAAUAUUAGAUUUGUUCUUCACGCAGCGACGCCACUUUACAUACUGUACAUAUCAACAUAAGCAUAACACUCUGCAUGUAGUAAAAUCACAUCGCACUUUGUCUCCCCAUAUAGACACGCUGCCCCUUCCCGGUCCAAAGAAAAGACGUCGUUGAAAUGCUAUUCUAAAAGUCGUGUCGUAUAUAUCGAGAGGAGCCGCAGCGGGCGUGGAAUAUAUAAAUUUGGAAACGAAAU